UCCCCUGGCUCCGGGCUGGGAAAUGCCCCUCCCAGCUCCUGACCCCCCACCCCCAGCAUUGUAAUGAGCCCCAUGGGGUUCUGUGGUGCUGCAACCCCAGGCACCACUCGGUUUGGGGAGGGUCUUGGGCAACUGCCCCUCCCCCACCCUGUCCCUGGGGCGGCCCUCCCAGCGCAAAGCUCCGGCCCCCAGCUCAGGCUUGUAUCAGGCCGCAUGGCUAGCUGGAUCCCAGUUCUGCAGCAGCAUCCCCAGAUCCAGAGGCAGCUUCAGAAAAUCUUUAGCAGGAAUUAAAUCUGGCAGUGCGGCCGUCCGCUGGCAUAGGCACAGCUCAGUUCACACCUGUUUCAGGCUGCUGCAAACUCAGGAAACGUCACAGCAUCGGUUUCCUAAGAGAUCGGCUCUAGGAAUUAUUUUGGGGCAGUUCUAAUGUCUGGUCUGUGCUAGGCCAGAGGGCUGACGCGAUGACCAUGGUGGUCCCUUCUGGCCUUGGGAUCUGUGAAUCUAGGCCCCGGUCCUGUUUCGAGGUUAUUUCGGUGGCAUGAAGGCUUGAAACACACACGUGUGAGUGAGCGCGAGAGAGAGGCCCUGGAGCCAGGGGUGAAUGGUGGGUGUGGCAUAUUGCACUGCCCCAGGGCCCUGAGCGAGUGUCUGGCUUGAUUUAUUGAUCUUCCCAGUGAUGCUGAGCGCCCAGAGCUCCCUCUCACAUCACCCUCCUUCCACGUUAUGACCGUAGGGUCGUGGGUGAUAAGGUCACAAAGCGCGCGUGUCCUCUGUUCCUUCUGCCGUUUCAGGGCAAGCAACAGCGGUGGCUGGGGUCCUCCCCAGCCCCACAAGCCGAAUGGGAAACCGGAGCAGCUCAAAUACUCAGGUGUCGUCAAGAAAAAGGAUUCGGAAGUUUAUGUCGGAAAUGUCCCGCCUGAAAUGAAGGAGGAGGACAUAUUGCUCCUGCUCAGGGACUUCCACCCGCAGCGUAUUAAAAGGUGCCAUUCCGGGUUGAGAAGCUAUGCCUUUGUAGAUCUCGGCUCCUCUGAGCAGGUGCAGGCCGCAAUCCAGCGCUUCAGCGGGCACCUCGUGAACGGACGUCGCCUGUUUCUGAGCCGCACGGGCGCAGGCAGUGGGAGGAAGGACCCGGCUGGGACCCAGCGCAUCGUGGAAAUGCCCGCUUUGGAGAGAGUCCCCAGAGGAGAGCUGGGUCUGAGCCAGGCAAAGGCAGAGAACCAAACCCUGCAGCCGGCACCUCCCGAUGCAGUGAGGCAGAUCUGUUACGCGGUUCCCAUGGAAAUGAGGGGUUCCUUCUUGACCCUCAUGCUAAAAGACUGCUUUAAGGAUUUGAACUGGUUGGUGUCCAUUGCAAAGCUGCACGGAGAGGCGGGGCUGCUGGUGACGGAUGCUCUGCCACAGACCCCGUACUUCUGGGCCAUACACCUCACAGAGGAAAGUCACUCGAACAUGCACAAGCUGUUCUGCCAGCUGGCGGAAGAGGAAUCCAAGCAGCCCUACCUGACGAAGCAGGCGGUGCAGCGAGGGACCCGCUGCAUGGCAGAGUGCAUUCUGGGGGACGACGGCGCGGCGUGGAACAGGUUUAGGGAACAAGCUGCAUGCUCAGAAUGGACCGGCUGGGCGAGAGGCGGCGGGGGAGUGGGGGGGACAUUCGCUGAUAUCGGUUCCCCUCGCACUGUGCACGGAGGGCAUGUGGCACUUUCCUGGUCUGCAGGUUUCUUAGCACGCCUUCACCACGUGCAGGAGCCUCUGUCCCCACUACCGAGCCGCAGCCGCUCUGUGCCAGCGCUGCCGAGACCGGGGAACGAAGCGCGAAUUCCCAGGCAGAGGGGCCGUCGAACUCAGCAAGUGCAAUUAUCCAAGCUGGGGUUUGUCCCUUGUUGGGGUGAACCCCCGGCCGCCUUCAAACAAAGCACGCGCCGCUCUAGCCAAGCUGUGCGGUUCACCAGCCGCACGGUGUCACCUGGCACUAUGCUGGUGAAAGGCGCCCCCUGCGGAGUGCCCAGAACUAGCUCGUCUCACCUGGCUUCUUCCUUGAAGGUCUCUCAUGCAGGUAUUGACCCGGCCUGCCCUGGCUUCGCUCUCCCGGUCUGAGUUACUGAGAUGGCAGUAGAUAAUAUUGCAGUCAAAACUCCAUUUUGCUGAGAUUUUAAGCUGCACCGUUUAAAAAAAACAAACAAAAAUCCCCUAACCCCUGAGGCAGUCAGCUAGCUUCUCUCUCCCUCCUCUUUGCAGGACAAAUAUUAUUAAACCCUGGGUCCUGUAGCUUCUUGCUGGGCUCACGUGCUCUUGUUUGACCCUCACAGGUGCUGGGUCUUGGAGAAAGUGGAAGAUCUUGCAGUGGUUCUCUUUGUGGACUUUGGCCGUUCGGCCACUGUCCCUCUGAACUCACUGCGGAA